AGGCUGAAAUGCACAAAGCCAGCACGUUCAUAACCGUGUGCAGUAGCCGAACGGUGCUGAACUACAUCCAGCUUCACCAGGAGAAUCAUCAAGAGCAGAUCGGGGAGGGGUCUUAUUUCUGGGGGGGGGUUUCACCGUUUUCUUUUGGUGCACGGACCGACAACUCAAGCGACGUUUCGCAGGUUGCCGGUGACACGGGGGUGAUGGAGGCUUUGGAAUGAACAGAUGUGUUGCAGAUGCGCUGUCCGAGGUACUGGAAAAGCCACAGACAGACCCGCCGUUGUCCUUUUUUCCAGGCGAGACGAAACACAUGAACUGACGUGAAUGCCGAGCAGCAAAACACGGCACACCAGUUCGACUGUUAACACAUAACCCUUACCAGGAGUAAAUGGGACCGCACGUCGACCGAGCGUUAGAAAGAUGGAGAGAAUUUUGUUCUUGCUCGUCCUCAGCUGUCUCUGCGUCUCUCGAGUCACAGCGGAUAGCUUGUCCCCACCAGUCAAUGUGACCAUCAAAGCAGUGAAAGCAAACUCUGCGGUGGUGACAUGGGACAUCCCAGAUGGAGACCCCGUCAUUGGCUUUGCCAUCACACAGCAGAAGAAAGAUGUGCGAAUGCUUCGAUUCAUCCAAGAAGUCAACACCACUACCCGGUCCUGUGCAUUGUGGGACUUGGAGGAAGAGACAGACUACAUUGUGCAUGUCCAAUCUAUCAGCAUUUCUGGAACAAGUCCUUUGAGUGAACCUCUGCGCUUCCGAACCCCAAAGGAGGCAGAAACUCAGGCCUCUAAAAGUAAAGACGAAGUGACAAUGGAGGAGGUGGGCCAGUCCACACAGCUGAGGGCAGGGGAACUCAUCAUCAUUGUGGUGGUACUUAUCAUGUGGGCAGGUGUGAUUGCUCUCUUCUGUCGCCAGUAUGACAUUAUUAAAGACAAUGAGCCCAACAACAACAAGGACAAAGCCAAAAACUCCUCUGAGUGCAGCACUCCUGAACAUCCAACUGGGGGGCUGUUGCGCAGUAAGAUUCCCAAGAACAACAAUAACAACAGCAGGAUUCCAUCUGUGAACAUCAUUGAGGUGUGACUUCAGGACAUCUUCUCUUUAUCCAAAAGACUGUGUUCUCACAAAUAAGUCAGCCCCUUUCAAAUCCUUCUGUCAUCAGGAUAAGACUGGGACUGUGGGCUCCUUGGAAAAGCUUGCGCUCCUUUGGCCUGGUACAGAGUAGGACUCCAGACUUUCAGACACAGCAUGGCCGGUGCUGGUCUGAGAGCAGUGGUAUGUGUCUGCAAGUGCUCAACAACUACUGUAGCACUGGGCAGCAGAUGUGAACAAAAAGUGAAGGUGAACCAAUCUUGAAGCCAAAACCAAUGGACAGAACUGGAGACCAUUUUAUUCUCUCUCUUCCUCUGCCACUUCUUCCUUCUUGUCAUCUUCCAGCUGGUUAUCAACAACUACAAACAAGACAUUUUGCAAUCAUCCCUUCUUGUACAUUGUACUUUAAUGUCAUCUUCUACACUGUUUUUUUCACAACAUUCCAUUUUUCUAUGCGUCUUGAAGGUGAACAGAAAAGUUGCAUGCAUCACUUGUUAUACUUAUCUGACUCUGAACAAGGUGCGUCCGAACAGCUUUCUU